GGUGUCUAACAAGGACGCCUGAAGGUCCUUGUUCCGCUCGCGCUGUGUGACCGUGUGUGAACGUUCGCUGGCGAUUUAUAGAAUCUCCGGCGCCGGCUUUUCGCUCAACCUUUAAACGUUAAUAUUUGCUGUGUUUUUUGGAUACCGUAAACAUGUUUGAAGAGGCUAGCGAGGUGUUUGACAACAUGUUUAAGUCUUCUUUUCCGCUGACGUUCAUUGUUUUUUUACCGGCAGUAUUGAUUCUUGUCUCGCCGCUUCCAGCCGAAGCCGCACACGAAUUCACGGUGUAUCGCAUGCAGCAGUACGACCUACAGGGGCAGCCCUACGGCACCCGGAAUGCGAUUUUAAACACGGAGGCUCGCACGGUGGAAGCAGAAGUGCUAAGUCGCCGCUGUGUCGUCAUGCGACUGGUGGAUUUUUCCUAUGAGAGAUACCAGAAAGCACUGCGCCAAUCCGCGGGAGCCGUGGUCAUCAUCCUGCCUCAGAACAUGUCAACCAUGCCGCAGGACAUAGUGCAGCAGUUCAUGGAGAUGGAGCCAGAGCUUCUGGCUACAGAAACCAUUGUUCCUGUGUACUUUGCCCUGGAGGAUGAUGAACUUCUCUCUAUAUAUGAGCAGACGCUCAUAUCCUCAUCCUCACAAGGGUCUGCUUCCGCAGCAGAAGUGUUACUGCACACAGCGACAGCCAAUGGCUUCCAGAUGGUGACGAGUGGUGCUCAGAGUAAGGCUGUGAGUGACUGGGCCAUCACUAGUCUAGAAGGAAGACUAGCAGGAGUCGGGGGAGAAGAUCUGCCAACGAUCGUCUUGGUGGCUCACUAUGAUUCCUUUGGUGUGGCUCCAUGGCUCUCGUAUGGUGCAGACUCCAAUGGCAGCGGAGUGAGUGUUCUGCUGGAGCUGGCUCGCCUUUUCUCCCGGCUGUACACCUACAAAAGAACCCAUGCUGGGUACAAUUUGUUGUUCUUUGUCUCUGGAGGUGGGAAGUUCAAUUAUCAGGGCACCAAGCGGUGGCUGGAGGAAAACCUGGAUCAUACAGAGUCUAGUCUCCUCCAGGACAACGUAGCCUUUGUCCUUUGUCUGGACACUCUGGGCAAUGGGAAUAGUCUGCACCUCCACGUGUCUAAGCCCCCCAAAGAGGGCAGCCCUCAGCAUGUCCUGUUGAAAGAGCUUGAAAUGGUGAUCUCCAGUCAGUACCCAGAUGUCACAUUCUCCAUGGUUCACAAAAAGAUCAACCUUGCAGAUGACACGCUGGCCUGGGAGCAUGAACGUUUUGGGAUUCGACGCCUCCCGGCUUUUACGUUGUCCCACUUGGACAGCCACCGCAAUGCUGUACGAAGCAGCAUCAUGGAUAUGCGGCCUCACGUGGACCUCAGAAAGCUUAGCCGCAACACAAAGAUCAUCGCAGAGGCACUUGCUAGAGUGAUCUAUAACCUCACAGAGAAGGGGGCCCCUGGAGACCUACAGAUCUUCACUGAGCAAAUGCAGGUGCAGGAGGAGCAGCUGUCCUCAGUGGUGGACUGGCUGACCACCCAGCCACGUGCUGCUCAGCUGGUGGACAAAGACAGUAUUGUGGUCACCACCCUGGAGUACCACCUGUCCAGAUAUCUAAAGGAUGUCAAGAAACACUACGUCAAAGCCGACAAGAGGGACCCAGAAUUUGUCUUCUAUGAUCAACUGAAACAAACCAUGAAUGCAUACAAGGUGAAGCCAGCUGUGUUUGACCUGCUCCUGGCAGUCUGCAUAGCAGCCUACCUAGGUGUGAUAUAUUUGGCCAUUCAGAAUUUUGGACUGCUCUACAGCUUCAUGCGCAGGGUCACCCAGCCCAAAACUAAGCAGCACUGAUUCAGGACAACUCAAUUUUUACCAGUCUCUGACAUGUACGGUUCUCAGAAUUUUGAGUUCAGAGCAAACAAAGAUUCAUACCAUGAAUAUUUUUUUUUUUUUUUUUUUGCCAACUUUGUUGUUUGAGGUGUCUUGCUGGCUUUGUGGCUGCCGCUGAGCAACAGAGCCUUUCAUGUCUUCCUAUGCUGAUGAACACUGGCCUUUUCUACCAUGCCUAAAAAUUUGUCCGAGUCCCUUCUCUUUGCCCCUUCUCUGUAAACCACCCAGUCAGUAAUUCCCUUUCAGCCUGGGAUACAGUUACAAGCUUUGAUAAGAGUGGAAGCGGAAACCUGUAAAAGAGCAUCAUCUGAAUAUUCAAACUGUACAGAGGAGAUAAGUGGUUCCCCUUCCCCAAAUCCUCAAUGGAAGCUUGAAUAUUUAAAGUUAUACAUAGAAAAAUGAAUUGUUCUAAUUACAGAUGACUUAUUUGGCAUAUUCAGUUUUGUUAGAAUUUAUUUGCAUUAAAUGAGUAUCAAUCCUUACAUGAAUGACAAAAACAUGCAUUUAUUUUAUGUUUCAGCAUUCUUGCCAUUCCAUUCUGUUCUUAAGAUCAUUUUUUGAUCUGGUGCAGCUAUGUAUAAAAUAAGCCUUUGUAAGGGAGAACUGGCCAGUUUGUGUCCACCUUAUUGGAGUCAUUUAUUAGAAUGACUUUAGUUAUCUAAAGUUUAGAAAACAAUCCAAAUUAAUAUUUUAAACAAGACAAAAACCAAUCCAUAAGUAUGUUUGGUAGAAUAUUAACAUCUAAAUAUUUGGUUGUCAGCUCUUAAUGUGCAAGUAGUAUUCUGAUGUAAGGAAAAUUAAUUUCUUUUAUGGCCAUUUCACUCAAAAUGCCUUAAUUGUAUUUACCACAUCAACACAAUUUACUUAUUAAACUUAUCAGCUUGAUGGUAAUUAUAUUUCAAAAUUUGAUUUGUAUGCCAAAUGCUCCUAGCCAUCUACUGCAUGAAUUUUGUCCUUUUGAAGAGAAUUUUACUUUCUUAUACAGAGGUAUUUGUCAUCCAGUGGCUCAUGUCAGUAUCACCUCUUACUGUGAAGGGUCAUCAGGAAGAGCUCCCCUGCCAAUGAGCCAGAUACUGUGUGAUGCAGAUUCUUAAUUUAUUGGAGCAAAAGAAUAUGUAACUGUGCACUGAAAUGAAUUUUUUACUUUUCUUUUUGCUGUUGUCAAGAUUGUGUUGUACUUGAUCCAUGAAACUUGAUACCUGCAACAAAACAACUCAAGAAAUAAAUGUUCAAAUACUGAAGAACUCUAAUUUUAUUUAAAGCAAAAUGUAGUACAAUAACACUGGUCCAGUGGAAACAUUUAAUGUCUCCAUGAUUUGUUUUUAAAGCCACCUUUAAGCAGCCAAACUAACAAAGAUUGAUUUCACUGGUUCUGUAAAAGUCCAUUUAUUUCCAUGCCAAUCUUUCAUACUUAAUUUUGGAUAAUUGUUAUAAAACUGAAGUUUCAUAGCCCUAUAAUCCCUUCAGUGCUGUUCAAUUAAAAAAAAAAAAUGCAUCUUGUCCAGACUGCCAACCUUUGUUCAAACACUUAAGUGUUCUCUUUCUUCUCAACAUUACCCUUAAAGCAUGUGUCAUUGUGCAGUUUUUGCAAGAUGAUUGAUGAUUAAAAACAAUGUCAGUGCUUCUGCAUUC